UAUUCCAUAUUAAAAUUAUUAUUUCAUAUCAUGGUUAUCACUUCUUUAUAUUACCAGAAUGGUGUUAACUAACCUCCAAUAGAUGGCGCAGCUCGCACUGAAAUACCGGUGUUUGCGAUUUUCUUUCCUCAGCAUUCAUUCUCGACACGCGAGUCUUUUCCCAGACAAGUUAUUCAACAAGAGGCACAAAAUUCCCGCACAUUUCUAUGUAGCCGAAGACCAAUUGGCUGAGCAAAUAGACAAUGCCAUCCAGCCUUUUAUGCAACAGACCAAAUGUGAUACCGCUAUUGAAAUGAAUCCAGGAAUUGGUUUAUUCACACGCAAACUACUGAAUCGUGAUGACCGCUUAAAUAAAAUUAUACUCGUAGAAUCUAUGGAGCAUUUUCUGCCUGGGCUUCAUGAUUUUCAUACACUCUACCCAGAACGCGUCAAAGUGAAGCACAGUGACUUUGUGAGCAUGUGGAAACUGUCAUUUCAAGACAGAAUGGACAACGGCACCCGUGUCUCGGAUUUGUUAUCUGAUCUGCCAAAACGCGAAUUUAAUGAAGAUCCCAGCUGUUUAUUGUUUGGUGCUGUGGGCUGUUACGAUUUCAUCAAACAUCUGGUGAAUUCCAUUAUCUUCCAAAACGGUUUGUUCAGUUGGGGACGUAUGGAAAUGUAUCUCGCUGUACCGCCACCCACUUAUAUACAUAUGACCUGCACCAAUGAGGUUGGUUAUAUGAUAUACAGAUCCACCUCCAUGCUUUUCCAAAUGCUCUUUGAAUACCGCUACAUCACACGUUUACCACGUGAACAUUUUCUACCAAAUCAAAGUGAAAAUAAAAUCAUUAAAGGCAGUCGACUGAAAAAGGUGCAAUCUAUCAAUCCGGAGUACUUAUAUUUGGUGCGCAUAGUACCGCGUCGUAAUUUCUUCGAUCUUUGUCCGAUCGCAGAUCUACAAGCACUUUGGUAUUUUGUCAAGCAGAACUGUAUUAGCCGCCGCAAUCGGGUCAUUCCAAAUUUAGAAAAAUGGGUACCAGGUUGUGGGCCACGUCUAAUUAUUAACAGCGUGCCUUCAGAGACAUUAAAGCCUCUUUAUCCGGAAGAUGUUGCGGAACUGCCACAAUACUCCACACGCUGCACAACUAUGAGCAAUCUUGAUUUCUAUCCGCGCAUGAACAUUUACACACAAUUCGGUGAUCUAUCGCCAAGUCAAAUGUUAACAUUAUUCACACAAUUUCGCAAAUGGCCGGAAUAUAGUGAAAGUUCAUUUGUGGCAUCACUUGAGAAUACUUUGUUAAAAAUGGAGGCAGCAGCUGAUGAAAACAUUGGCAUAACAGAAGAAGAUGAUUUGCCAAAUGAGGAAGCAGUCUUUGAUGAUGUCAAGGAAACUAAGAGUAGCGCAACCAAACGCACUAAGGAAAGUAAGCUUAACACUGCAACAUCAAAUUAACACGAUUAAGCUUGAAUUGAAAAUCAUGUAUAUGGCGUAGUUAUAAUUAAUGUAAAUUAUGUAUAAUUAAAAUUCUUAUUUAGUAAAUGUAAAAGAAAAGUUAAAAUCUUAUACACUUCUAAAAACUA